UUUUGACAUAUGAUUUAAAUUUCAAGUCUUCCACUAUUGUUUUAAAAUGUAAUUUGCCUUCAUGCAUGGCAAGUGCCACAUUUUUCAGAAUAGCUAGCUAACUUAGUUUGUCUAAUAAUUAACUCUAAAUCGCAUAAACCUAACCAGUUGAGCGAGGUAGCUAGCUAAUCCUGUUGAAUUAAUUUGUCAACAAACGCACCCACGGUCAUCUGCAGCACUGUGGCUAGCACACUCACGUAGCUACUACACUGUGGAUGGUUAACUAUCUAGUAGGGGAACAAUUUUACUUUUAAUGAAUGGCUGUGCCUUUAUUUAGUUACUAACGCUAGCUAGCUACCUAUUUGCAAUGUACCAGCUAUCUGAUUAAUUGUGUUUUCAUUAUUGUGUGACAACUGGAGCGCACACGCCGCCGGAAGAGAUGAAGUGAUUGAUAAUCUCGACCGUAAUCCAUUCCUGUCCUAGUGCCUUGUCUCUGCUGCAUUUAACGUUAUGACCACAGAUCAGUCUGGACCAAACUACAAGCUAGUCUCGCUAGCCGCCUACCAAAGAGACAUUUCCUGGACGAUUGAUGAGUUGUGAAGAUGAGCACUCAUAAAGCUGCGUUGUGCAAGGUCCAGAUUUUAAAGUUAUUUCUGACUUCGGCAAGGUGCGGAAGGAUCACACGAUUCCAUGGUGUGUGUGGACUUUCCACCUCCACACCUGCCUCCAGUGCCAAGGUGUGCAUAGUUGGAGGUGGCCCAGCUGGCUUCUACACUGCACAACACCUAGUCAAGACUCGGACAGAUGUUCAGGUGGACAUCUACGAGCGUCUACCCGUCCCCUUCGGCCUGGUCAGAUUUGGGGUGGCCCCCGACCAUCCAGAGGUCAAGAACGUCAUCAACACCUUCACCCAAACGGCCCAGCAUGCCAGGUGUAGUUUCCAUGGCAAUGUGAGAGUGGGGAAGGACGUCACUGUGGAGGAGCUUCAAGAAGCCUACCACGCUGUGGUGCUGAGCUAUGGAGCGGAGGGGAACAGGACAAUGGGUGUACCAGGGGAAGACUUGGCUGGGGUGUACUCUGCCAAAGACUUUGUCGGCUGGUACAAUGGGCUGCCUAGAAACAGUGAGCUUAGGCCGGAUCUGAGCUGUGAGACGGCUGUCAUUCUGGGGCAGGGUAACGUGGCACUGGAUGUUGCGAGGAUACUGCUAUCUCCUGUAGAUAUUCUGAAGAAGACUGAUAUCACCCAGCAUGCACUAGAUGCCCUGGCAGAGAGCAGUGUCCGCAGGGUGCUCAUUGUGGGGCGCAGGGGACCCCUACAGGUGGCCUGCACUAUUAAGGAGCUGAGAGAGAUGGUGAACCUGCCUGGAACCAGACCAGAGAUGGAGGCGUCUGAGUUUGAGGGCAUAGCAGAAACUCUUAAAUCGCUGGCCAGGCCCAGGAAGCGUCUGACCGAGCUGCUGCUGAAGGCUGCAAUAGAGACUCCAGGGGAGGAGGAGUUGGAGAGACGAAACAGGGCAGAGCGGGCCUGGGGAUUCCGCUUCCUCCGGAAGCCCCUGGAGGUCCUCCCCUCCACUGACCUCAUCAGGGCCGCAGGGAUACGAUUGGCUGUCAAUCGGCUGGAGGGGGACGGUGAGGGGGUGAGGGCAGUGGCCACCGGUGAGGUGGAAGAUGUGGAGUGCGGCCUAGUCAUCAGCAGCAUCGGCUACAAGAGCCUUCUCAUCGACCCCGCCGUCCCCUUCGACGCCCGAAAAGCCAUCAUCCCCAACACUAUGGGCCGCGUGCAGCAGACUGCAGGUCUGUAUUGCAGUGGCUGGGUGAAGAGGGGUCCCACGGGGGUGAUAGCCACCACCAUGAACGACAGCUUUGACACAGCCAGGACUCUGCUACAGGACAUUGGCAAAGGAACACUGGAUGUAUCCACCGUCAAGCCUGGCUCACAGGGGGUCUCCGCUCUCCUGGAGAAAAGAGGUGUGAAGCCAGUUUCGUUCUCUGACUGGGAGAAGAUCGACAGUGAGGAGACGAGGAGGGGAGAGAUCAAGGGAAAGCCCAGGGAAAAGAUGCUGGACGUGGGAGAGAUGCUGCAGGUAGCCCGGGCAUAAGGACAAGGGACCACACACACAGGUCAUACGGAUCAGAGGACUCGACAACCAAGAAGUGAAUAAGAACCACUGACCACACACACAACUCUGGUCCAACCCCACUUUAUAUGCCACCUACAGGCCACGAACUUGUCUGUCUAUGGUACACGCACACAAUCAAUUUAGUCCCUGACCAUCAUGCAAUGCCAGUCAUACAAUACCCAAGUUCCAAGUUGACUUGCCAUAUGUAAUAAAUACACUUUACAUCUUACUCACCAGAGCUCUCAUUGAAACAAUGGUGGUGUUUCACUGCAGUACUGGUGAUUUUAAUUGUUGUGGCUUGGCGCUAAUAAAAACAGUCAGGGCCUGGUUUCCCGAUAGCGAUGGAAUUUAGGCAUACAAGUGUUUUUAAUGAUGCAUCCAUAUUUCUGAAGAUGUAGUAUGUGUUUCUCAAUACACCACAGAGAGAACGUUCGCUAAGUGCGUUGUUGAGGCAUGUGUCGAUACAGAUAGGAUCGAGACAAAAAAAGCCAGUGCUGCUCUUGGAUCAGCGCUCUCCGUUCAAAUAACACCUUCAACAUUAUAAUUAUUCCACAAUACUGUCGAUGGAUCAGCUCAUGGAGAGAAUAUCGCCUAUGGCUGCAAAUCUUAAAACACUGGAUUUGGCACGUCAUUGUGCACAUUAGGCUACACAUCAUGAAAUAUAUUGAGUCAAAAAAAUAGACAGUAGCCUAAUAGCAAACUAAAACUAAAUGAACUUUGAAGUUCCGUAUAUAGGCCUAUGUAGCUGUAGGUCGACUAUUUAUCUUUUAAUGCACUCGUCUGGGUUUUCAUUUGAAGCAUAUUUUUAUCCUUUGCUUAUUUGUAAGAAUUUUAAAGACAUUGGCAACUUUAUUCGUAGUCAACUUCGUUGUGAAGUUAUCGACCGUCACAGAGAGACAAAUAUCUUGAUUCUAUGUUUAGCGGUGAUCUUCUGUGUAUG